CGAGACCAAAGGGGUGGAAGUCUGUCUUCGCCAAGGCACUUAUCGCGGCGCCCCCCCCAUGGGCCGCGGCGGCAACUCGACGGGGUCGCUGACGGACCUGCACGCGGACCUGCACGUCGUCUCGCACGGCGGCACCACCCAGCAGAACUUUUGGCAGAGCCUUCUGCUCGGCAUCGUGCUCAAAAAGACGUCCUCGCAGGGCAAACUGCGCUCGCUGCUCACCAAGUGGAUCGACAAGUCCGGCAAGGCGAGCGACGAGCUGCAGCGCAGCGCCUCGCUCGGUGGCCUCGGCCUCGGCCCCAGGCCUGGCGGCUCUGACCUCUCCCUCGCCGCCACGAGCCGGCACGCGUCGAGAAUUGAGAGCGGCUCCGGCAGCCCGGGCGGAGGCUCCUCCUCCUCCUCCUCGAGCGGAGGGCUGGGCGGGACGCGCAAGGCCGGCGGCGCGAAUGCGCGGCUGGUCGAGGCCUUCGAGAGCGCCACCGCUACCUCCUCUCUCCACGACGCCGAGACGAGCCCGGCGCCGCCCAGAGAGCCGACGCGGGCCGAGCCGCCGGCCGCAGACACGGCGCAGACUGCACCGGGCGGGGACGAGGGCUGCGGGGGCAGGGCCAACGAAGAGACGUCCAACACCGCAAAGGCGGCGGGCACCGCCCUCUCCGAGCCGCCGCCGCCGUCUCUCACGGCGCCGCUCCCGCAUCGAGCGCCGCCGCGCCCCUCGAGCGCCGGCCCCUGCGACGCCGCCGCCGUCUGGCGAGGCUCCGCCCCCGCCAGCGCGCUCUCCGACGGCGCCAGCUGCGUGCUCUGCUCCGAGUGCUCCUGCCGGAUCGACGGGCCCGUCUUCAUGCUCAACGACCGGCCGUACUGCUGCCAGCGGCACCGGCUCGCGUCGUACCACAAGCUGGAGCGCGCGCGCAUGGCGGCGAGCGACGAGCGCGUCGUCGCCGUGGCUGGCGGCGCCGUGGCUGGCGGCGCCGCGUCUCAGCAGCGGAGGUCGACGGGCGAGAAGCAGUCUCCGCCUCCCUCGGUGUCGCGCGCCUCGUCGGGCGUCGCCUCCAUCUACCCGUCAUGGAUCUGAGUCAUGAAUCUGAGGCGUGGAUCUGAGGCGCAGCACCGUGGAUCUGAGGCGCAGCUGCGCCCUGACCGGGGCGCCGCUCCGAGGCCGGCGCGGUGUCGACGGGGCGGUGCAUGUGCUUUGGUGGGCAGCGGUUGGGGGGGCCUCUCAGCCCCGCGUGCUGAGGAGGAGCCAUGGCAUGGCAUGUGGAGGGAGGGGGGGCGGAUCGGUGCGCGGUGCCGCAGUGUACUCGGGCUCCGACUCCGGCGAAGGAGCGCUCGUGGGGAGGCUCGCGGAGGAAAGAGGCGUGUGUGAAGAGUGUGGUUGCAUGGAGAGCAUACAGUGACGUCGAGUGCAUGACGAAGAGAUGAUGUGGCCGCCCCCGCGCGAGGAUCGAGCAGUGGCCAGAGUGCAAGUUGAGUUCUGACGCAAGAGAGUCAGAGAGAGCCACUCUAUUGGUCUGUCGCGGAUAUUCGUGAAUACAGAGGCU